ACUGCAGCUCCAACCUGGGCAGCCUUCUUGGGAAAAUGCAGCUGCUCCUACUCCUUGUGGCCUUUCUUCUGGCUCCCAAGGUUGAGGCAGCAGUGGCAGUGCAAGUGUGAUAGCUGCACCAUUCUCACCUAACCCAAGCCAGAGAACUUCGACAAACCACCUUAAAUGAUGACACCCAGCCGUAGAGACACAGAGGUUGAAGAGGCCUAAAUCAGUGAGCCACCCUUCUAUCACUCCCCUAAGGGCUCUGUAUCUGGAAGGAAGAAAGAUCAACAGCUCUGAGGUGGGCAGACCUUUAGGGAAGAUGCAGCCUCUCCUGCUUUUGUUGGCCCUUCUUCUGCCCCUUGGGGCUGGGACAGAGGAGAUCAUCGGGGGCCAUGAGGUUAAGCCCCACUCCCGGCCCUACAUGGCAUUUCUUCAGUUUCUGGAUAAUGGCAAGAUGAAGAGGUGUGGCAGUGUCCUCGUGCACAAGUACUUUGUUCUAACGGCUGCUCACUGCUGGGGAAGCUCCAUGAGGGUCAUUCUGGGGGCCCACAACAUCAAGAAACAGGAGAGGACACAGCAGGUCAUCCCCGUGAAAACAGCCAUCCCCCACCCAGACUAUAAGCAGAACUUCUCCAAUGACAUCAUGUUACUGAAAGGCAGAGAGAAGACAGUGCAGUCUCAUCAGGGCAUCCAGACCCCAAGGCCAUUUUCUAAGCUGGACUGUCUCGCCUCUUCCCAUCAGCUGGAGAGAAAGGCCAAGCAGACUGCAACUGUGAAGCCCCUCCGCCUGCCCGAGAGCAAGAACCCGGUGAGGCCUGGACAGGUGUGCAGUGUGUCCGGCUGGGGGCGGGUCUCAAUGACCACCCUAGCAACCACUCUGCAGGAGGUGUCACUGGAAGUGCAGGAGGAUGCGAUAUGUGCAUCCCUCUUCCCUCGCUAUUACAGUGGGGCCACCCAGAUUUGUGUAGGAGAUCCGGAGGAGAUGAAGACCGCCUUCAAGGGGGACUCCGGGGGCCCCCUCGUGUGUAACAACAUGGUCCAGGGGAUUUUCUCCUAUGGAAAACGCAACGGGACCCCUCCAGGGGUCUUCAUGAAGGUCUCCCACUUCCUGCCUUGGAUAAAGAGAACAAUGAAGCACCUCUAACAGCAAGCAUGAGAUUGACUCCCCUCUGUGUUCGGCCAUCUUUUCUGGGGCAGAGGAAAGAAUCCCUUGGGACUGGGGGAGAGGGGGAGGAGGGAUGGCAGGCCCAUAAUAAAUGGAUCUCUAGAGCGAA